AUCACCAAGCAUUCCACUCCAAAAUGAGGAGAAUCCCCGCUAAUUUAUUCUGGCUCAAUUAUUCAUAUUCCACGGCUUCACAGACGGGAAGAAAAAAAAUAUCAUUUUCUUAGCAGGAGACGUCAAUAAUGGAAUGCCGCCGCUGGGAAACCGACGUCCAGCCUGCACGUGAUGUUGGAUCCGUGGAGAUUUUCUCCACCAAUCUCUUCUGCUAUUUCUUCUAACCAAUUCCGACUUCCCUGUCUGUCAAAAUUCGAGUCUUCUCAGUACAGUGAAGGGAUCGAUGGCGAUUUGCUCUCCCUCGUCGGAGUCCUCGUCGGCGACGAGCGGCAGGGCCUGGGUUGUCCACGCGCUGGUCGUCGGAGCGGCAGUGGUGGCAGCGGUUGGCGCCCACGCCGCGGUGUACUUCAAGUGGUUCAGGAAGGAUCGGAGCCGGGUGGUGGGGAUCAUCCCAGCCCGGUUUGCCUCCUCGCGCUUCGAGGGGAAACCCCUGGUCCGGAUCCUCGGGAAACCCAUGAUCCAGAGAACAUGGGAGAGAGCAAAGUUGGCUUCUACUUUGGACCAUGUUGUUGUGGCAACGGACAGUGAAAAGAUUGCAGAAUGUUGUAGAGAAUUUGGAGCUGAUGUGAUAAUGACAUCAGAAUCAUGCAAAAAUGGGACUGAACGUUGUAACGAAGCACUUCAGAAGCUUGGAAAAAAUUAUGAUGUUGUUGUCAAUAUCCAAGGAGAUGAGCCUCUUAUUGAACCGGACAUAAUAGAUGGUGUUGUUAGAGCUUUGCAGGGAGCUCCUGAUGCAGUUUUCAGUACUGCUGUCACAUCCUUGAAACCUGAAGAUGGACUUGACCCGAACAGAGUAAAGUGUGUGGUGGAUAAUCAUGGAUAUGCAAUUUACUUCUCAAGGGGUUUGAUCCCAUUUAACAAGUCAGGAAAAGUCAACCCACAAUUUCCCUAUCUACUUCAUUUGGGCAUUCAGAGCUUUGAUUCAAAGUUUUUAAGGAUCUAUCCGCAGCUUCCACCCACUCCCCUGCAGCUAGAGGAAGACCUUGAACAACUUAAAGUUCUUGAAAAUGGAUACAAGAUGAAGGUAAUCAAGGUUGACCAUGAUGCCCAUGGUGUAGACACCCCUGAAGAUGUUGAAAAAAUAGAAGCACUCAUGCGAGAGAGAAACAUUUCAUAGAAGAGAAAUCAUGUAUGGAGAAAAAAAAUAUGAUGCAUACAUCAGAAAUAAAGCCUUAUUUGCAGCAUUUUCCAAAGUGGAUUGACAUCAUUUUUCAUUUAGUUUUCAGCUUCCCUCAGUUCCCUGUAUUUUAUUCUCAGCAGAUGUUGUUUAUUUAGCUUUUAGUAUAUGGUCAUAUUUACCGUGAUUGGCAUUUCAACAACAAUUCCAAGGCAAUAAAAAAUUGGUGAUUUCCCUCUUA